CCCAGCCCGAGGCUCCUCUCUUUUCUACUGAUGGAUGCGCUCCGGGCUGCGGGACGAGCGGUGCUCCGGAGUCCCAGCCUCGCCCGCCACCGCUUGGGCGUUGCCCGCCUCCGUCGCCACAGACAAGAACUCCCGGAAUCCUGGGCUGACAUGCGUGAACCCCUUUUGGAGGGCAUGAGUUUUUCCCUGAAGUACCUAGGCAUGACAUUGGUGGAGAAACCCAAAGGGGAGGACAUGGCAGCAGCUGCCAUCCACCGGAUCAUUGCCAUGGCUCGGGUAGGACCUAAGAAGUUCCAGAAGAUGAUUCUGACUGUGUCGCCUAGGGGCCUCUCUUUGCAAGAUGCUGAGAGCAAGGAAACAAUUGAAACCAUCUCCAUUUACAGGAUUUCAUAUUGUACCACAGACAAGCUGCAGAACAAAGUUUUUGCCUAUGUGGCACAGAACCCUCAAAGCGGUGCCCUUGAAUGCCAUGCUUUUCUAUCACCUAAGAAGAAGAUUGCCCAGGCAGUGACUCUCACUGUGGCACAGGCCUUCCAAGUGGCCUUGGAUCUCUGGCAAGCUACACAGGCAGGUUCCAGGGAGGAAGAAAAGCAUCUUCCAAGGCCAACGUGCCCUAUAGACACCACUUGUCAGCCAGUCAGGACACCUCUGGGCAGCCCCCCGUUCAAAACAGACUUUGAGGAUGAAGAUGACGAGGAAGGAGAUCUUAAUGAAACCUUCUCUAGCUGCACGGAGGAGGGGGGCUGCCCCACCGCAGGUAAUGAUCUCUCCGUCUAACUUUGCUGUCACCACAUUCCCAGAUGAAACCUUCUACAACCGUGAUGGCAAACCUAUGGCACGUGUGCCCAAAGUGGCACACGAAGCCAUGUCACCCAGCACGCAUGGCCUUGCCUGUUUUGUCAUCCGGCUUUCUGGCACGCAUGCCUGGGUGACGAUCAGCUGUCCUCCUCGUGUGUGGCAGUGCCGAAAACUGGUGUGCACAUGUGCGCCAGCCAGCUGAUCGUUGGGUGCACAUGCACGCUAGAACCCGAAAGUUCAGCUUUUCCGGAGUGCAGCCCUGACGAGCGUGCAUGCGAUGUUUCCGCACGACCUUUUCAGCACUCGGUAUCAAACAAUUUCGCCAUCACUGUUCUAUAACAAUUGGGAGUAUGGAAACCUGCUAACAUUUAUGUUUUGACGUGUCCAUGAUGUUCGUAAUUGGCCUUCCUUGACUUUAGUGAAAGAGCUCUAAUCCCUUUUUCUGAAGUUUGUUCUUCCUUGUAUUACCCACUGUAUGCCCGAACUGGAAGAGGGCAUCAUUCCCUCCAGUCGUUUUACUGCUAACUUUGUAUUUCAGAUUCAGGGAGCUUUACCUUUGGGAGCUCCCCAGACACACAGUUCCACUCAGUGGCAGCCUGGGGAUGCAGUCCUCCUAGCAACUGCCUGCCUCCAGGGACACUGUUCUAAAUCACCUGUUGCUGCCAUCACUAUUCAUCUCCAGCACCAUUUUGUCAUCUGCAAUGCAUAAGAACAAGGCUGGUUUCCUCCUCUCCAGCCACAGACCCCCUUGCCUUGAAUAACUUUGUAUUGUUCAGAACUUAAUAAGUCAAUACCUCCUGAAAGCAUCAAGGUGCCCAAAGUUCUCCAGGGACUUCAUUGGUUCUACUCAAAAACCUAUAUUCUACAAGGAUGCCAGAACUCCUGUGCUUGAUAAAGGCAAUAGAUACACUUUUUAUACUAGGGCAUUGCCCUGAAUGCAGAGGUAGGUGCUUUGUAGCAAAAGCAAUCAGAUUUGUAAUUCAUUUCUUGCCUCGUCGAAUUGGGGGUGGGGGGUGGGAGCCUUGUGGAUGUAGAAAAGUUCUGGCUUCUGUUUUACUUGCGAGGGUGAU